AUGUCGGCAGUGGAGGGCCCGGGGCCGGGGGCGAGGCCGGCGCCGGUGGUCGUGGCCGGGGACGCGGCGGCGAGCGGGGCAGCCGCGGGGGCCGCAGCCGCGUGCUUGUUCUUCGUCGGCUUCUUGCUAGGCGCGGGCGCCGUGACGACCGGCGCGGGCGCGGCGAGGAGGACGGGCGCCGGGGCCGGAGGCGACGACGACGGCGCGGGGGCCAGCGCUGGGGCCGGGGGAGGGAGCGUCGGUGCGGGGACCGGCGGGGAGGACGCGGCGGCGGGAGGAGGAGCGCUCACGCUCACGACGGGCGCCGGCGCCGUGGCCGCGGGCGGCAAUGCUGGCGGCUGGGUGGAGCUGAUGGGGGCUGGGGUGGGCGGCGUCGGUGGGGACGGGGAGUGGGUCGGCGCGGGGAGGCGGCCGGGGAGGUGA